UCCGCCCACUGCAGAGCAACACAGAUUCUGCACGUUCCACAUGCGCCGCAGGUGCGCUGGGCUCUGAUCCUCCAGCGCUCGUGCACCCUCACACAGAGCGAUUAUAAAGCACCCACCGCCAGCCCCUGUCUGCUGCAUGUACCAUUCUUUAUCCUCUCUUGAGGGACAAGUUCGUGGCAUUAGAUAUCACUUUGAAAAACUUUCGUUCAUUUUAAUGCAAGGAGCUCGAGACAAAAUGCCAUUUCUUCAACACACACUGGACUCGCAGCUUGAGAGUUUGGCUUUGGAGCAAGUGGUUCCUGCUCUGUUGGACCGAGGCUUCUUUUACAUUGACCACUUUCUGGGGGACAUCGCGGGGCAGAUGGUUCUGGGUCAGGUCAAGCGCAUGCAUGCCUGUGGGCUUCUCAACGACGGCCAGCUGGCCAGAAGAAGCAAUGGAGUUUGCAGGAGAAACAUCAGAGGAGAUAAAAUAACAUGGGUUAACGGGACCGAGAGAGGCACGGAGGCUGUCAAUUUCUUAUUAACACUCAUAGACAAACUCAUUUCUCUGUGUGGGGGUCAAGUGGGCAAAAAUAUUCGCGCACGGUCAAAGGCGAUGGUGGCGUGUUAUCCAGGAAAUGGAGCAGGAUAUGUGAAACAUGUAGAUAACCCUAAUGCAGACGGCCGCUGCGUCACCUGUAUUUACUAUCUGAAUAAAAACUGGAAUGCAAAGGAGCAUGGUGGAAUGCUAAGGAUCUUUCCUGAAGGAAAACCUUAUGUAGCCGACAUUGAGCCUUUGUUUGAUCGACUUCUGCUUUUCUGGUCAGAUCGUAGAAACCCUCAUGAAGUUCAACCGUCGUAUGCUACAAGGUAUGCAAUCACUGUGUGGUACUUCGAUUCAGAAGAAAGAGCUGAAGCAAAAAGAAAAUUCAGAGAUCUGACAGUCAACUCACAGAAAGGUUCAUCAUCUUAACAGAAAUACACUGGCCUGUCUCCGCCGAGAGGAUUUAUUUUGUCUACUGUCUUCUUUGCUUUUUUUUUUAUUUUUACAUGACUUGUUGCACUAAAGGUACCUCUACCCAAACUUUGUAUUUGUGAUUUACUACAUUUGAAUCCGGUCCUUUAAAUAAGUGAAGAGUCCAUUGAAUAACCCGCUGCUAACGUAAAGUCGAUUUUGUGCAAAAUGUGAGAAUCUUAAGACUGAUUAAUGCCUUAUUAGAUGUUUAUUGAAAUUAAAUUCUUCUUUUAGAGCUAUAUUGUCUAUAUGUAUACCAGUAAAACAAUAAGGAGUAGAUAAUAUGAUAAAUAUGUUCUUUUAAUGCUUGUACUUUUUUGUUACAUGCUAUUAUUUGCUGUUUUGUAUGUUUUGGCACAUAUUUGAAUGUUAUUUGUGCAAUUUUCAAACACUUCAGUAGAAAGGAAAUUUGAAACUUGUUAGUGGACUUUUGAGUUGUGUAAAUAUAUAGAUGCUUUUAUUAUUUUUGAACGACAGUUUGAUGUUGAAUGAGACUCUUUCAAAUAGAGAUGUUUAUAAAAGUCAUUCUGUACGGUUCACAAACUUUUAAAAAGCACUUGGUCAGAUGAUAUUGUUUAUUUGUUCAGUCCCAGUGUGUGUUAGUGUUUAAUGAGAGAAUUGAAUCAGCUUGCAUGCAGGUCAGCAACGCUGCUCAACACACCCUAGGAUCAAUGUCAUUUGACAGUUGUUUCAUAACGUUUUGAGCUUUAUAAAAUGUUUCUUUUACAAAAGUUGUUCUGGAAAAAAAAUGUAUGAACAGUUUAGUUAAUGUACGCUACUGUACGCAAACUGAGAUUUACAACUAUUUACAAUGGCCUAAUUAAACAAUGUGUUGAAAUGUU